GGCAGAUUGAGUGAGUGAGGCAAGUCUCAUAUGUUAGAGAGCGGAUCUAUCAGAAACAUUUAGAUAUAUACCUUGUUUACUUUUUUUUCCAAUUGAAUUCAAUUCAAUGACUCUUAUUUCAUUGGAUGAAAAGACGCCCGGUGCGCCUGUCGUGGAUGUGGAGCCCGUUCAACUUCAGUUUGAUGUCAAUGGGUCGUUACAAAGACUACUUGUACAAAAUGAUAUCAUGUACUUAAUAUUGACCCUGUCAGUUUAUAGAAUUGAUCUUUCAAAUCCUUCGGAAGUACGGCAUGUGGAAUUGGUACAGCAGGGUGGGUCGUCAUUGAGGAUAACAAAUGCGUGGCUUCAUCCCAAUGGUGCACAUCUUAUUUGUCAGGUGAACCAUACAACGUACUAUUAUUUGAAUGAGCUGUAUGUUCGAUUCAAGAUUCUCCCAAGAUUUAAAGGCUUGAAGAUAAAUUGUAUGGCGUUCCCAGACGGUGAUAGAGCUGUUUCCGGUGAUUUCCUAAGCGGUACUAAAGAUGGUGCUGUAUAUAUCUGUCUGUUAAAAUCUCAUGAUCCACUGGUUCAUGAGAGCAAGCGUGAUGAUAAGUAUGUGAAACAGGCAUAUCAAGCACUGUCAUCACAAAGUGGGAACACUUCAGUGUCUCAAUUGAUGUUUUCCAAGGACGAUCUGUUAGUUGUUGCCUUGGUUGGUGACUCACUUUACACAUGGCUGGUGGCUGGCCACUCAUACCAAGUCUUGAUCAAGUCUUUAAAAACCACACCAACGACUGUCAAGAUUGGACAAGCAAUAUUUACAACCAGGGAUUCGUCUUAUACAAUAAUCAAUCCAUCAACCAAUGCAAUUUACACUAAUGAUCAAGAUUUGAAUCUUGCACAAGUUGACAAAUUCCCCGUUUCAGGAGAAGAUGGACUUUCUCACUCACCAGCUUUGAGCUCAGUUAUAUCUACUCGUCAUUAUCUUAUGGCAUUAUCUACCAAACAUGACAAGAUUCAUCUUUUGGCAAAACUUUCUAAUGAUACAACCAGUUCACACGAUCUUACAGUUCAAGGCAAGGUCAUUGGCAUCACAGCAGAUAAUACUGCCAAUACCUAUUGGUUGUACACACAUUCCAACAUAUACGAGGUUGUUCUUUCAAAUGAAUCAUCUGCAGUAUGGUAUAAUUAUUAUCAAAUGGGAAUGUACGAAGAGGCACUCACUUGUUUAGAGAAGAACUCUGCAAAUGCAAGCAAGCGUGAUCUCGUAUUGAUCAAGCUGGGUUAUAAUUCGCUUCAAAAGGGUGGGUUUGGAAUUGAUUAUAGUGAAGAUAUAGACCCUGAAUUGUUUCUCCUUCAGGUUAAGGGGAUUCGAAUUCUUGCUCAACUGUCUGAACCAUUUGAAAAGGUUUGCUUGAUGUUGAUGUCUUUGCAGCAUGAUGGCACUGAUUUAUCAUCAACAACAUCUUCCACGGAUGCACGAACAAAGAGUUCAUUGUCCGAGAAGUUACUAGUUGAAUAUCUCUUGGUGAAAUUCCAACAAGCAAAAUUAGAAAAGAAUAAAAUUCGAACGGUAGUACUUUCUUCAUGGAUCAUUGAAAUGAUGCUUCGUUUGGUAUACAAAAAGGAAGAGGAGAAUUCAAAAUUUGAAUCGUUUUUAGCGUCUAACUAUAAACAUUUAGAUUCUAAAACGGUUUACCAAAUUAUCAUGGGAUAUAACUACCCGCUGAAACUUAUUUAUUAUGCUGAAUUAAUUGAAGAUUUUGAAUUCAUAUUGAAUUAUUAUGUGGAUCUUGAAGAUUGGACUAAUUCUUUGAAGACUUUGGUCAAGAUAUACACUGACGGUGAUCGAGAAUUGAUCUUUAAGAAGGCCACAGUACUUCUUGUAAAUGCGCCCAAGGCAACGGUUGAUAUUUGGUUGAAGUUUAAUGAGUUGGAUUAUGAAAAAUUACUUCCAGCAAUUUUGACUUAUAAUAAGAACAAUAUUAAUAUUAAACUUGAAGAAAACCAAACUAUCAAGUUCUUACUGAGGGUUAUAUAUGAUAAAGGGGUAAAGAAUAAAAUCAUUAACAAUUAUUUUUUAUGUCUCCUUGUGACGUACCCCACUGAGGAUAAGGAACAAGUUAAUCGAUACAUGGUCAAGGUGUUGAAAAGAAUUAAACAAGACGGUAGUCUGCAAGCAUAUGACGCCAAUUUUAUUCUUCGGCAAUGUCUUCAAAACAAUCACUAUCAUCCAGCAAUUAUAAUUCUUAUCAACGAUAUGCAACUUUUUGAACAAGCUUUAGAACUCUCAUUGGAUUAUGACUUAACUGAGCUUGCUCAAUUUGUGCUCAGAAAGUACGAUGAUUAUCUAUUUGAUCGUGUUUCAAAAGAUGAGGAUAUGUUUGAAUUUACUGAUCAUGAGCAAGAUCUUAAGUUUGUUGGGAAAGUAAAGAUUGAAGAGGAAAGUUUCAGUUCGAGGAAAAAAUUAUGGACAAUGUUUCUGAAAUAUUUAAUUAAUGGCGUUUGUAAUGGGAAAUCAUUUGCCUUUCUUGAUGAUAUGUCAAGUGAGUCGGAAGACAUCAAAACUGAAUCUGAAACGGAAAAGGAGUCUAAAUCUAAAGGUAAACCCACCAAUUCUAUUUCAGAUAUAACUCUGGGUCUUGUGGAAAGUAUGACCAAUGGUCCUACCAAUAACAGUAUCAAGUUCAAUCUGUCCAAGAUAAGUUGUCUUUUGAAAUAUUUACUCAGUGCAUCAUAUGAUAGCAAAACCAAUUCUAAUGUUCUUAGUUUGAAAGAUUUACUCCCACUCUUCCCAGAAUCAGUAAUGAUUAAUAAUUUCAAAACGGAAAUCAUUCAAUCUUUGAACCAAUACAAUAGUAAAAUCAAUCAAUUGUCAUAUGAAAUGCAAGAAUCGUUAAACAUUUCACAAGCAUUGAAGAAACAAGUGAGAGAAUCUCAGGAAACAUCUAACAAGGGUCGUAUACAUACAGUCGUUGAACCUGGAGAACCAUGUCAACUCUGUGGAGAGUUGCUUGUUAAUAAGGCAUUUGUAUGUUUCCCCAAUUGCCAGCAUUGUUUCCAUAAAGAAUGUCUUGUCAAAAGUUUCCUUAAACUGAAGGGUGAUUAUCGCUUUAAAAAGAUAUUCCAUAACUUUAAACGCAACCCAACUCUGACCAAUAGAGAAGAACUUGAUGAUCUUUUAUUGAAAGAAUGUGUUCUUUGCAGUGAAGGUAACAUCAAUACAAUAGAUGAUAAUAUAAUUGAUUUGGAGAGUGAUAAGAAAGAGUCAGAAAAAUGGGAUUUAUAGAACAACAGUUG